ACUGCAUUCUGGGAGUUGUAGUUUUACUACAGCAGGCAAAUGCUGUAACGCAGUUUGCUGACUGGAAGGAUGGCGCUCCCGUGUGAUGACGUCAUUGAUAGUGGACGCCUGGAAGGAGGAGUAGUAACAUGGCGUCCACGAGUGCGUCGUCUGUAUCCCUGCAACAUAGAAAGACAGGCCGAAACGAACAGGGGGCGAUAGGCGGCCGGGGUCCUGGGGGGAAAGCGAAGCGGAAAUGGAGACCCAACCAAGACCGGAAGGUGUUUGAGGGCAGCACUAGAGAAGGACAAGGCUUUGCUCUGUGGAGAAAGAAGAAGGUGCAGUCAGAAUAUAAAAAGCUGCUAAGAAAACAAAAGAAGGCAAAUCCUAAAGAAGUCUCCUACAGUGAUCACUACCCUGAACAUCUGAGGCAUCUCUAUGUGGCUGAAGAAGAGAGGCUGAAAAGGCAAGAAAAACAGAGGAAACCUGCGACAAAGCCUCCUGAGACCAUAGCGGAGGAGCAGGAAGUAAGUAGUGAACAUCUGAGGCAUCUCUAUGUGGCUGAAGAAGAGACACUGAAAAGGCAAGAAAAACCGAGGAAACCUGAGACAAAGCCACCUGAGACAAAGCCUCCUGAGACCGUAGAGGAAGAGCAGGAAGUCAUACCAAAGAAACCAUUUAAGAAGAAAACGUCAAAUCAAAAAGCGAAAGAAGACUAUGAACGGGUGCAGCGUGAACGUGCAAAGAAGAGAGAAGAAGCAGAGAACAACAGGAAGAGAAGAGAAGAGGCCAUCAAACUCCACAAACAGAAGAGAAUGGAAGCCUAUAAAGUUUUAAGCUCAAAAACAAAGAAAGGACAGCCCAACUUUAAUGUCCACAUGGAGUACUUGCUGAAGAAAAUCCAGAGCAAAUCUUAAUUUAUUACCAGUUUUCAAAGGGGUUGUGCAAGAGUGUGUGUAUGUGUAAAAUAAAAUAUAU